AUGCGGCUCUUUUCCUCCAUAUGGCGUCUUUCACCUCCAACACUGGUGAUCAGUGUCCACGGGUCCUUUGCCACCCUGAAGAAACGCUUCUGCUCCACUCUCAAGAAGGGUCUUUGGAAGACGAUGGAGAGCGCUGGUGCGUGCCUUGAUCCUUUAUUUUUGUCCACUUUCUACCCCUUCCCACGCCCAUUUACACUCUCUUGAAAUAUGACCUUAUGAGAAGUUAGUGUUGUCCUCUAGCGGCUGUACAGUAGACACCAAAUCUAAUUAAGGCAGCAUGUAGAUGCCUUCAUGCUCAGGUCUCGUAGCCGACGCUUUCAGGAUAUUAAAGUAGUGAAUGGUUUCAAAGUGAACUACAGUGGACUGGUCAGCUGCUUAACCGAAAUCAAAUUUAUAUCAUAGAAACGGAACACGUAUAUUCCGCCAACUUUACUCCGCUAUGACGGGCUGCCAUUCGGCUUACUUCGCUUACGAUGGGCCCAAGUCAUGUGGGCUACAUACAGUGAGUGACCGAUCUCAUGAAAUGUUGGCUGAAAUUCUGAAAUGCGUUUUCGACUAGGAAGGAUUACUUAGGCGUGGUUGUAAUACUGCAUAUCUUGCGGCAUAAUCUUAUAAUAUUUCGGACUUGGCAGGAUGUCAGCAUUUGAAUACACUGCUUUUUAGUCUUCUGUAGAGAACAUGCUCGGUAAAAAAUGACUUCUUACGAAUCAUGCAUUUUUUCCAUUGAUUUUCGAUGGUCUUACAAAUUCAAAUAUAUUUAAUAGAAACCAUAAACAAUAAUAUGUUUUCUUUCAGUCGUUUGAUAGAGGAUCACGUCUUCUUAAUAUUUUAUAUUCGAUGAAGGAGUAUAAUUAGGUUUCAAAUAAGUUUUAUAAUUCCCCAGAUAUUUGGAGCCUGAUCGGUCGUUGUAUUGGCGCUUAGUGAUUUCAGUCUGCAAGGUGCAUGCUUUCCACGUAAAGAAAAUCACAUAUUCUUUUAUGCCAUUAAAACGAUAUCAUACAGAGUCCAUAAAAUUUCGCUAUGGAUGCGGACUAUGUCCUAAAUUCCAUUAUGAGCAGUGGUAAACGUCCAGGUACGAUGCUCAAUGAAUGGAAUUGCGCGGUCUUAAAAAAUCUCAUAAUUGGAAACUUUCUAAAACCUAAUUAUACUCCUUCUUCGAGUAUAAAAUAUUAAGAAGACAUGAUCCUCUAUCAAACGACUGAAAGAAAACAUAUUAUUGUUUAUGGUUUCUAUUAAAUAUAUUUGAAUUUGUAAGACCAUCGAAAAUCAAUGGAAAAAAUGCAUGAUUCGUAAGAAGUCAUUUUUUACCGAGCAUGUUCUCUACAGAAGACUAAAAAGCAGUGUAUUCAAAUGCUGACAUCCUGCCAAGUCCGAAAUAUUAUAAGAUUAUGCCGCAAGAUAUGCAGUAUUACAACCACGCCUAAGUAAUCCUUCCUAGUCGAAAACGCAUUUCAGAAUUUCAGCCAACAUUUCAUGAGAUCGGUCACUCACUGUAGGUCUUUGGCAGGCGUGACACUUCACCUGUUCAGAAGAACAGGCCCGUAACAGUUUGGUGUUGGUGGUGAUGGUUGUGUUAGUGGUGAUCUCAGGUCUCCCGGCGGGCGAGUUUGACCACUUAGGGUGGCAAAAAACAAGGUUGGAUUAUCUGACGGUUGGGACAGAAUUAAUGACUUGCUGAUUGACCCGACUUAACGUCGAUUGGUCUGGUCGCCACCCCACAAGACUCGCCUGCACACAAUCUACAUGCAUGUUUAACACUAGUUUGUAUUCAGCCGGGAGUCUAAAAUGCAGAUUGGUCUCUAAGAGCCACAAAACAGACUUAAAAGUGCAAGUUAUGGGAUCUAUUGGCGAAAACAGUUUUCACGGUGACCAUGUUAAGAUAAGGCAUUGUGAACAGACUCUUCGUCAGGAUGAUGAAUUACGAUAGACGUGCUAUCUCAUUAAAAGUUAGCCGAAACUUUGAAAUAAGUUUUCGAUUCGAUGGAAGUUCUUAAGCAAGCCUUAAUGUUGUUUUCUUGCGACAUAAUCUUAGGGUGUUUCAGUCAUACCAGGCUGCCGGCCUUCGAAGAAGCUUUUUCGAACGUCUUCAAAAACUACGCUCUGCAUAAAUGACUACUUAAGUGGCAUGCAUUUUGCGAUUUACUUUUGAUUUUCUUAUAAAUUCAAAUACAAUAUGUAAUAAACAACCAUGAAAACUUCUUUAUUGCAUAUAUUUGGUAACACAUUACGUCCUCUCCAAAUUUUCUACGUGUAAAGAGCGUAUCUUUUGGUUUAAAGAAGUAACUGAUCAUGAGAUUUUAAGACUGUGAAAUGCCCAUUCAUACAAUCUCGCAUCAGCCCACUUACUAAUGUUACUUAUUAAGUAUAUAAUCUGGUCCACAUCACUUACACAAUUUUAUCAGUUCUAUAGGACAUCUUCUUAACAUUAUAGAGAAAUGUGUGAUAUUCCCUUGACAGGAUAUACAUAGCAUAGGAACUCUGAAUGCAGGUAUAGGGGUACGCUAGGCGAAAAUUAUUCGAAAAUUGAAAAGUUUUCUUUAAGCAUAAAGUUGUUCUCUCUUUAAGAAGAAAGUUUUGAGAAGACGUAAGUUGUCACCAGAUGAGUGCAAGAAACAAUUUUCGAGCAUUUUUUCGUAUAUAAAUUAUUGGAAUUUACAAAGACAUCGGAAAUCAGUGGGGAAAUGGAUUCCACUUAAGUUAUCAUUUUACAAAGUCUGGUUUUUGCAUACGAUUGAAUUCAAGCUCAUUUAAAACCGGCAUCCUGAUGUGACUGAAGUAUUUUAGGAUAAUGUUGCAUGAUAAUUAACAUUAUAAGCCUACCUAAGUAAUCUUUUCGAAUCAAAAACAUACUUCGACAUUUCAUGAAAUAGCACAUCUGCUGCAGUUAUUCUCUCAAUUGGCAGUACGGGGAAAGUUUUGAGAGUCUUCAGUGUGACUUGGUGAUAAUCAAAAACCCGAGGUCUCAGUUUUGUUAUCCACAGGUAGCAAAUCAAACCUAAAGUGAUUGUAGAAUCAUUCGGGAUCAGUAUCCGACGUGAUGUGAAGCUUCUGUCCUCCAAGCCUGCCACACGCAUGCUGAUUGUUAUAGGUAAACGAACCGAUAUCCUUACACUUAGACCUUGCCUAGGUGAGAGACGGAUCAGAGAGAAACCGGGCGCCUUAAAGUGCCCCAUAUCUGUUGUCUUGAGGAAACAAUGGGCUGGGUGGAUCUCGCUUCCGCCUCUUGGUCUCUCCAUCCAUAGUCUUCCGGGGUCGAGCCAAAGUUCAUUUGGUUGGAGAUGAGAUGAGAUGCGGCGACUCAUGUGGUAUAGGGUACGAUAUACUUGUUUGAUUCAUCACCCCUUGUUUUUGUCCGAUACAACACUUUUGUUAGUUGCGGUAGCCGGAAACUGUGUAGUCUCACACACCAAAUAGAUGCAGAACAUGAAUGAAGGCUAAAUUCGAGUUCCAAGUGCCUGCCUAAGUGAAGACGAAGAGGGGUCGAGCACCAGAACAUUUUGUUUAUUGUCCUGAGCUGUGUGAUGACGCUCUUUAAACGGAUCCAAACUCACUGAGCAAACUGGAGGACAGAGCACAUGAGGCCCGUUAUCUCCGCGACCGGUUUGUGCAAAAUGGCUUUUUGAGGGCAUUCAUAAGUCGCUGCCUACGCGGUCGCCCUCAAAGAACUCAAACAUCAACACCACCGACGAUAUGGCAUUUUCUGCCAUACAUCAAGGACCUUUCCGAAGCGACCGAGCGCAUUGCCGCGGAGCUAGAUGUUGGAAUUGCACACCGCCCCAAAGCCACCAUGCGCAAUAGGGUAAUGAAAAUUAAAGACCGGUUGAAGCCUGAGGAGCGAUCUGGAGCAAUGUAUCGCAUUUCGUGUCAAAACUGCACUUGUAACUACACAGGCCAGAGUGGACGCAUGCUCGGAUCGUGCAUACACUAACAUAAGCUGGCUGUGCGACGGGGCGACGCAUUAUCACAAGUGGCCGUCCAUACCUACGAAAUGGGUCAUGAGUCUAACUUCGCAGCCGCCAAGAUAAUCGUCAUUGCCGGAAACAAAGCAGGCCGAGAAUUGAUUGGAGCCUAGGCCUCGAAUGAGAACUCAGUCAAUCGAUUUAUCGGUUUGGCGCCGGUCUACAAAGCCCUGCGUAGUCACCUCCAGUCUUGCGCUGUCGGACGAUGAUUGGCCUACGUGCCUUAUAACUGUCGCUUGUUCUGUUGCUGCUGCUAGCUCUGACGAUGGACUCCUGUACGAGUCUGAAAGCUCAGGACAAUAAACGAAGUGUUCCGGUGCUCGACUUCUCUUCUUCUUCACAUAUGCAGAACGUACUUUGGUUUAUUAUUCAGAUGAAACCUUCAGUACUCUUAUUAAUCUGCCACUUGUUACAGGAUGUGGGCUUGUAAACCCGAGUUUACCACGGACUGAUGCGAUCUUUACCCGUAGCGAUUGUGCGGCCGAAGAAAAAACUGUUAGUUGCCUAGAGUUUGAGUCUACCUGGUAUCUGCUAUUCUCUUAGGACAGCCUUUUGAUCCUCGACUUCGGCCAUGAAGCAGCAUUGUAGAAAAUGUAAUUUUAAAUUUGGCAGAUGUUCCCAGUUACUACUUCUUGCUGAAUUCCUAGAGUCUUUCGGCAAACAAUGAUCCUCUACGUUAUUCAAGAGGAUUGUGAUGAAAUGGUGUCCGGUAGGCCAGAUGACGAGGACGGAAUUUUACCAGAUGUCGAGCUGUAGGAGGGAACCAUUCCAUUCCAAUCCCGGUGGACGCCUAACCCUUACUAGUGGUGCAAAGGCCACACUGAGCUGUUUGGUCGUGACAGUGGAUCCGGCGAUGUUGUUACAGACUUGCCAUCGCAUCCGCUCUCAUCUUUAUUAUUCCUGAUUAGGUUUUGCCACUGAAAUACAGGCGGCAUAAAGUCAGUGACCAAUCUCAUAAACUGUAAACCAUGGUUAUUAAAUGUUUCUUCAAUUAGGAAGGAUUGCUUAGAUAGGAUUGUAGUAACGUAAUCUCAUGACAUUUCACGCAUGCCAAGAUGCUAGUUUUCGACCGUGCCUCAUUCCUGUCGCCUGAAAAACCGAGCUCGGUAAGAAAUGACUACAUGUGCAGCAUGCGUUUUUUCUGUCGAUUUCCGACGCAAAUUGUAGAACGCUUACUUAAAUUAAAAUGCGUCUAAACUCGUUAUAAGAGACCUAAGGAAGCACCAAAUAGAAGUGGCGCACAAGCCGACGACUUCGCUGCGCAAUCGGCCUAUACACCCUAAGGAUAGGAUUGUCUACUUGGGUAAAAAAGAAAUGGUUUAUAAGAUUCCAUGCGGCGCUUGUAAUGCAGUAUAUUGUGGUCAAAUCGGGAAAUCCGCCUUCACACGCCUACAUGAACACCAGUUGGCAGUAAAGAGGAAGGAUCUAUUAUCCCAAGUCACCAAGCAUACUUUAGAAACUGGACACAAGUUUGCUUGAGAUAAAACGUGCAUUGUCGGUUCCUUUCCAUAUAAGAAAGGCCGAGAAUUUCUAAAGGCCACUGACUCUGAUGAUUCACGCAUCGAUCUUGACGCCACAAAUCUCAAAGAAAAAUGAAAAAGGCGAUACCCAAUCAAAAGGUGACGUCAGCCCAGAGCAUCGACCCCAUUCUCAGCACCAAAAAGCAAUAUCGAUUUUUCGCACAUGUCCAAAUUUUAACUGCUUUUCACACUUUUUACACGUCUGACGACGACCUGGGGGACCAGCGGCGAAAAAUUAACAAAAUAAAGCUUGCUCUCAUCCCCAUAGGUCUCAUUUUUCUUUGAAAUACAUAAUUAAAUGCGAAUAUAGCCCGUAGAUAAACCAACAAAUAUAUCCUUCCCUGCAUUCAUUUGGUAGCACGUCACGUCUUCUCUAAAUUUCAUACUAAAAAAGGUGUCUUUUGGUUUGAAAAAGCGUUUUUCCAUUCCCGAAUAAUUUUAAGGCUUUAUCGGCCGUCCCAUCUGGGUUCAAGUUUUACAGUCUCCAAGCUGCAUACUUUCCGUGUAAGAAAAAGAUGCAUUCCCUUAAGCCAUUUAGAUUAUACCAUAUGGGGUUCAUAAAAACAGCAACUUAUAUGGACCAUGUUGCAUACUGAAUGAAGAGCUUAAUUAAACAGACAGAUGCGAUGUUGAUUUAAACGGACAUUUUACAGUCUAAAAAAUCUCAUAACCAGAAAACUUUCUGAAAACCGAAAGAGGCCUUUUCUUUUAGCAUAAACUUUGAAGAAGACCUGAUUUUGUACUAAAUGAAUUUAAGGAAGAAUAUUUCUGGGCACUUCUUCUUCAAAAUAUAUUUGGGUUUGUAUGGGCAUCGGAAAUCGACAGAAAAACGGCAUCAUAUUUAUGUAGCCAUUUUUUGUCGAGUACGGCUUGUUAGAUAACCGCACAGAAAUGUAUUUAAAAGCCAACAUCUUGUCAUGUCCGGAAUAUCAUGGGAUUAUGCCGAAGGCAAAUCACUAUUGCAGUCUCGCUCACACAAUCCUUUCUAACAGCAGCGCAAGCCUCCCACAUUUGCAUAUAGGUUAACCCGGAUCCCCCAAAAUAGUAGUACUUAAAAUCUUGUUAAGUAUGAAAGAUUGCACAAAAAUUCGUUAGGUUCUCCUUGCUGUUAUGCUAAAAUAUCUUGCAUUUAAGCAUUUUAUUCUAAACUGUUCUGGGUGCGUUUGCGACAAAAUUCAGCAGAAUUGUCUAUUUUUGCAGCCUGUUGGGUCAUCGGCGACGGUUUGGAUCGGGGUAUCGGAAAGAUCGCCGGGGAGGCUGUGAAUGAAUACAUCGAGGCCUACGGCGGCGACCGCAUUUUGGCCGUCAGCGUCACCCCCAUGAACGUUCUCAAGCAUCGAAACCUCUUCAACACUCGAAUGGUAAGUUAUCGCGGUUAAAUUGGUGCAGUUUUUAGGUCACAAAUUAAUAAGGCAGCAGGCUCUGGUUAUUCUGACUAGCGCCCCGGCACAGAUGACUGAGAACGGCUAGUAAGCCUGAAAAGUUCACUCCAGUCUCGCUUGUCUCUGUCGUUAAUCCCUUCCAGGCUGGCAUUUCUGGUGGCUAUGCGACUGCUUGUGAGGACUCUUGA